AAUAAACCGGUGGCAGGGCACAAUUUCAUCUGCAGAAACUAUUUUCUUCAAAAAGAAAAAGAAGUAAAUUAAGUAAGAAGUGAAAGUGCAAAGACUGUAACCACAAAGACACUGUGUCAAAGUGCCUGCAAUAAAGUUGACGAAGAGGAACAGAAGAGGCAAGAACUAGUCGCGUUUGAUGCGUGGUACUAACGACGCUCUGCUCACCUGCGUCUUGAACUGAUGGUUAUGGACCGCUGCGCAUAACUAUAAACUGGCUUUCCAACCCACAAGGACACAACUCAUGGAUAACCACUUUAAGUGACUUAUCUUCUUCCACUGAAGGAACAGAGUGGUGAUAAACUGAAAAGUCUUAGCGUCUUUUCCACCUCUGCUGUACCCCAGCUAUGUCCGCGCUACGAAGGAAAUUUGGUGAGGAUUACCACGUUGUUAACACCAACAGAGGUACCACUUAUGCAGCGCCUGUCAAGAAGAAGCGCCAGCGAUUCGUGGAGAAGAACGGCCGCUGUAAUGUCCAGCACGGCAACCUUGGCGGAGAGACUAGUAGGUACAUCUCGGACUUGUUCACUACCUUAGUAGACUUGAAGUGGCGAUGGAACCUACUUAUUUUUAUUUUGACAUACACCAUCGCCUGGCUGGUUAUGGCUUCGAUGUGGUGGAUCAUCGCUUACAUCCGAGGGGACCUGAACCACGGUCAUGACCAGUCUUACACCCCAUGCGUUGCCAACGUCUACAACUUUCCUUCUGCAUUCCUGUUUUUCAUUGAGACAGAAGCCACCAUUGGGUAUGGCUACCGCUACAUUACGGAAAAGUGCCCCGAAGGCAUUAUCCUCUUCCUCUUUCAAUCUCUGUUGGGCUCCAUUGUAGACGCCUUCCUCAUUGGCUGCAUGUUCAUCAAGAUGUCCCAGCCCAAGAAGCGCGCGGAGACGCUCAUGUUUAGCCAGGACGCGGUCAUUUCGCAGCGCGAUGGCAAGCUGUGCCUCAUGUUUAGGGUGGGAAACCUGAGAAAUAGCCAUAUGGUGUCAGCACAAAUCAGGUGCAAACUCAUAAAGUCUCGGCAGACCCCGGAAGGUGAGUUCCUGCCACUGGAUCAGUGUGAGUUGGAUGUGGGCUUCGGGACGGGAGCAGACCAGCUCUUCCUGGUGUCACCCCUCACCAUCUGCCACGAGAUUAAUCCCAAGAGCCCCUUCUUCGACCUGUCCCAACGCUCCCUCAUGAACGAGCAGUUCGAGAUCGUGGUCAUCCUGGAGGGCAUAGUGGAGACCACAGGAAUGACGUGCCAGGCUCGGACAUCCUACACAGAGGACGAGGUCCUGUGGGGUCACCGCUUUCUGCCUGUCAUGUCCCUGGAGGAGGGCUUCUUCCGGGUGGACUACUCUCAGUUCCACAGCACCUUUGAGGUGCCCACGCCACCCUACAGCGUCAAGGAGUACGAGGAGAAGGCGUCGCUGCCCUCGCCCGCGCCCACGCCCACGCUGGGGGAUGCACGUGGCCGGCGGGAGCGCGUGUUCUCCGUGGACUGCAUCGACACCAUCGAGGAGCGGGCGGUGGGCAGGCUGCCCAGCAAGCUGCAGCGCAUGAGCUCCGGCAAGGAGGACCUGCAGCGCAAGGUGCUGAAAACGGGCUCGCAGACCGCCGAGAGGGCCUCCAGCACGGGUGACCUGCCCCUCAAACUCCAGCGCAUCAACUCCGUCCCAGGCCAGGGCGAUGCCGAGGAGCGGCUCCAGCUCAGGGCACUCAAGGUGAGCUCCGAGGCCAUGACCCAAUCCACCGGGGACCUGCAGCAGCACAAACUGCCUCCUGCCCCCCUCCCCUCGGCGGGAGGCCGGCCUGAGGACAACCUGCCAGCCAAGCUGCGGAAAAUGAAUGCAGACCGCUGAAAAUGCGGCAGCAAGCGGACUCAACUAAUGCUGAGCAGGCUGCACACCUAUAGGGACACGUAAAGGGGUGAACAGGUUGACCAAAAGAGAUGAAUGAAAGCAGGUGGACGCGGAGUGGUUUUUUCUGAGCACGCGUUUUAACGGGGACUACUGUGAUUUGUGUUGCUUUGCUGUUUCCUCCUCUGCCUUAGUGCAGCUUCAUCUUCACUUCAGUACUUAGAGGCUAACACUGAGGAGACUGACAGGACUGCAGGGGUGACUCUCACCCUCCGUAUAGCCCUGUGGCUCCUCUAUCUUUUCAUUCCUGUGUGCAUGUGAGAAACACACUUCCAUACAUCCCUUC